AUGGGGAUGUUCAAUAAGAAGAAGGAGGCUACAGAGUCAGCUGUUGUCUCUGACAAAAACCUCAGCAGCGCAGAGGGAACACCAGCAGCACACACCCCAGCCGAUACUCCUCGUGUCGCUAGAUCCUUAAAUGGUUCUGCGCCAGAACAUCAUGAUGUCUCUCCUGGAGAAGCACUCGACGACCUUCCAGCCACUAAGUUGGCCAUUACUCUUGGUGCUAUCGCGUCUAUUGGUGGUUUCAUGUUCGGUUAUGAAUCUGGUCAAAUUUCAGGUUUCGUACAAAUGUCCGAUUUCUUAGCUCGAUUUGGUGAAAAUGGCGAACUCUCUGCUGUCCGUCAAGGAACCAUUGUCGCCAUUCUCUGUGCCGGUACUCUCGUUGGAUGUCUUAUAUCUUCUUACCUCUGCGACAAAAUCGGCCGUCGUUACACCAUCUCCAGUUCCGCAUUCUUUUACAUUAUUGGUGUUAUUAUCGAAAUUACUUCAACUACUCACUGGGUUCAAUUCGCCAUGGGAAGAUUCACUGCUGGUUUGGGUAUUGGUGCUUUGAGUACUAGUGUUCCUAUGUACCAAUCCGAGUCUGUGCCUAAGAACAUUCGUGGUGCCGUCGUUUCCAGUUAUCAAUUGUUGAUUACUCUUGGUAUCUGGACUGCUUACAUGAUCAACUACGGAACUCACUCUACCUACACCAACAGUGCUCAAUGGCGUAUUCCCAACGGUCUCUCUGCACUCUGGGCCAUCUUCCUCGGUACCGCUGUCCUCUUCAUGCCUGAAUCUCCUCGUUUCGCAUACCGUAUUGGACGUGAAGACGAAGCCCGCAAAAACAUGGCUCUCCUUAACGGUGUCGACCCUUACUCCCCACUCAUCGAUGCCGAAAUUUUCGAAAUCGAAAGUAAGCUCGCAGCCGAGAGAGAAGGUGGUGAUCACCCAUGGUACGAAAUUUUCACCGGACCAAGAAUGUUGUACCGUACACUUCUCGGGAUGGUUCUUCAAGCUGGUCAACAAUUGACUGGUGCUAACUUCUUCUUCUACUACGGUACUACCAUUUUCAAGUCUGGUGGUAUCUCUGAUUCCUAUGUUACUUCUAUCAUUCUUGGUUCUGUCAACGUCGUCGCUACCAUUGGUGGUCUCUGGAUUGUUAAGAACUGCGGUCGCAGAAAGGCUCUUAUGGUUGGUGCUGCCGAGAUGUUCGUUUGCAUGUUGAUCUACUCCUUCGUCGGUCACUUCAAAAUCCAAGGACAAGCCGAUGCCAAGGCUCCUGGUGCCGUUCUCAUCUGUUUCACAUGUAUCUACAUUGUUGGAUUCGCUACCACUUGGGGACCAUUGGUUUGGGCUAUUGUCGGAGAAUUGUACCCAGCCCGUUACAGAGCUUCCUGCAUGGCUCUCGCUACCGCAUCCAACUGGCUCUUCAACUUCCUCAUCUCUUUCUUCACCACUUUCAUCACCAACGAUAUCGAUUACUAUUAUGGUCUUGUCUUCGCCGGUUCUCUCUUCGCUCUCUUCUGGAUUGUAUUCUUCUUCGUCAUCGAGACCAAGGAUCGUUCUUUGGAGGAAAUUGACACCAUGUACGUUCUCCACGUCAACCCAUUGACAUCCGCCAGCUGGGACCCCAGGUCUCUUGGUGCCGAAGGUGUCAACGGUGUUGAUACCGAUCGUAUGUUCUUGACCAAGGGUGGAAAGGAUAUCAAGAAGAGUGAGAUGGCUGGUCGACCAAUGUUGGAGCAUGACGAGAGGAUGUUCCCCGAGACUGCUGCUCAUGAAAACAAGCCUGAGAUUAUGAACGCUUAA